AUGACAAGAUCACACGGCAGGGUAAAGUUCUUCCACUUCUCCUCUUCUACAUCCAGGAUGCUGCCUACAUGGACUGUAAUACCACAGAGUCUACAGAAUGUCGGCUCUCUUACUGUGGAUGUUUUCCUAACUGGAAGAAGGGACGGUUUUCAGAGCACUCUUAUCCUACUCCUCACCUGUGCAUUUUCCAGCCUCCUGCUCAGCUCCCUGCUUCUCCUUUACCUCAUCUUUACUCUGAAGUAUGAGCUAGCAGUAGCUGGAGGAAUAGCUGUCUGUUUUGGGACUUUGCUAACCAUUGCCCUCUUCCUAUCAAAAAGAGUAAGAUGUUUGGGCACUCUAUUUGUGGUCUCUAUUUUCAUGAAGAAGAGUCGAAACCUGCUUCUGACAGCUGGGACGAGUUUGGUUGUUCUUAGAAAUAUACGUAAUACCUUGGAGAACCUCACAGCCCUGGGCAGGAGUAUGAUCUGCAACCUGAGGGUUAAGAAAGCAGCCAUCAUUGCUCCGUUCAGUAACUAUGUAAAGAUGCUGAAGUGGCUUGGAAGCAUGCUCAGAGGGGUCACAGAUUUGGGGGUUUUAAACCUCGACUCCAAGCUCACCGUUUCACCCAGACUUGAGUCGGAGCAUUUCAGAGUGAAACUCAGUGAGGCAGAGCAGCAGCUCAAUGUAACUAUAAAGCAUGUACGCUCCUUUGUAAAUACCGUCUCCUGCGUGAGUGAUAGGAUGUUUCCUGCCAUCAGCUUCCUUGUGCUAAUGAUGUUUAUAAUGCUGCACAUAAAAAGAUUCUGCAACAACAUGAAAUACAAAAACACGUUCAUCAGCAGGAAAUUUGUUAGUUUUGAUGAGAAGCAGAAGGCCGAAGGAAAGCCUCAUGUCCUCCCCCUCACACCAGAGGAAGAGAAGCUCUACACCCCUGCCCUCUCUCUCCGCACCACCUCCAAAGAAGGGAGAGCCAUGCUGAGAUUUGGCAUUCCUGUUGCAAACCAUUUUGUUGCAUGGGCCACAUUUAUAACUGUGGAUGGCUUACUGUACUGCUUCGUUGAUGUUGUCACAACAAAGUUGUCUCAGCUGGAGCCGUUCCAUGUCCCGUUAUUAAUGAACAUCAGAGGGAUUGCAACUUUAAUAGGCAUACCAGUCGUUGAAGAAAACCAUCAAGAAGACUUUUCCUACUCUGUGACCCUCUUUGAGAAAGAAUGCCUCCCUAAACCCAAGCUGCUGCUCUAUAACUCUAUUGUUCCUCUGGCUGCCAUCCUGCUCACGCUGCUCAUUAUGGCUCUGAUGGCUGCUAAAGUGACCCAGAUCAGACUGUUGGUCUGUGAGCAGUUCUUCUCUACUGCAGCAGAGGAGAGAGUGGAAUACCUGCACAGUAAAAUCCUGAGAAAACGUUCAAAGAAGAGAAAGGAGAAAAACUGCAGCCCCGCUUCAGUCUUUCUCAAGCCACAGUUUUGGUGCCCUCUGCUUUUCAGGCCGAAAGAGGGUUCACAAGGUAACGUGUCUGCCACACCUCAGGAGUCUGCAGCAGCUGAGGCUGAUCAGCUCAUCAGAGAAGCUACCAAGAACUCCCCAGACAGAGCUUAG